GUCUGCUGGGAACGCGCCCGCGGGACGAGGACGGCGCGAUGAGGAUGGCCAAGCUGCGAGUGCUGUACGCUGCCGUGGCACUGCUGUGCGCGGCACCGCCGGGGCACCCCGGUGCCGUGCUGCCCGCGGGCGAGGGGGACGGGUACGGGGUGAAGCUGUGCGGCCGCGAGUUCAUCCGCGCCGUCAUCUUCACCUGCGGCGGGUCCCGCUGGAAGCGGCUCUCCCUGCUGGCGGUGGAGCCGGCGCCCGCGGCCGAUUCUGCGCAAACAGCAAGUAACAAACUACUGGGAAGCUUCAACCUGCAAUCAGUUCAGGAUCCUGAAGUGGAGCAGCUGCAGAGAAGAAGCCCAUUUCUUGGAUGGGAGACGUUUAAGGACUUGUAUAGUUUAAAUUACUAUAAUGAAUAUGUACCUGUGGCAGGUGACUUUAAAAAGCUUGUUCGCCAGGUAGAGGAAGCUGUUCAGAAGGACAGGGGAGGAACAGGAAAUGCAAAUCCUGUGGAAUCAAGCAGCUACCUUUGGGCCAGGUAUCCCAGAAGAAAACGGGAGUCUCUGGGUUUGGCAGGAAUGUGUUGCAAAUGGGGCUGUACAAAAGCUGAAAUUAGUACUAUAUGCAGAGUUUAAAAUCCUCUCUACACUUUUGCAUGAAAUCAGUGUAUGUUGCAGUACUACUUGAUUGAUUACUUCAUGGAGGAAGAAAACUCUUGCUGUAUUUUAUCUUGUCUAUAUGUGCUAAUCAAUAUAGCUGGUUUUCUUUAAAAAAAAACCAAAACCAACAAAACAAAAUAAAAAUGUAAUUGCAAUGAGUUUGUUUUGCUGUAGUAACUUCUAAUCUAUAUUUUUACUAAGUCUUUUCAUUUUAAUGUUGAGCCUUUACACUUAUAUUACGAAUGUAUUAUAUCUUUGUAACUCUUAAAGAAAAACUUCAAUAUUUCAAUAAAAUAUAAUUAUACUAA